GAAAGCAACACAUUUGACUUGAUUACAGAAGAGGGGCUGUAUUUAUUAAUUAUGCCGUCCCCUUUAAAGAAAGAACAUGAGCCAGCCAGCCAGCCACGUUUUCGUCAUAUCUUCCAAACGCAAACGACGUUUGAAUUCACAGAUUGGAUUUGCACAAGCCAACUGAAGAAGAAUGAGUCGCCAUACCUCAGCAGCAAUUGGGAAAACAUCAUCUUCUGCUGCUUCUGGUAACAGACGGUUGAAAGAACUACUGCAGCAACGUGAUAAUCGAACUUGUGCUGAUUGUGGUGCCCCUGACCCUAAGUGGGCGUCGGCUAACAUUGGAGUUUUUAUAUGUUUAAAAUGCUGUGGCGUGCACCGCAGUCUCGGUGUUCAUAUUUCAAAGGUGCUAUCAGUAACUUUGGAUGCAUGGAGCGAUGCUGAAGUUGAUGCAAUGAUUGAAGUUGGAGGAAAUGCAUCUGCAAAUUCAAUCUAUGAGGCUUAUAUUCCUCGAGGAAUCUCUAAGCCUGGACCAGAUGCUACUCAAGACCAUCGUUAUAACUUUAUCAGGUCAAAGUAUGAGCAUCAAGAUUUCUUGAAACCUAGUUUGAGGAUAUUGUCAAGUAAUUCUAGCUCUUUGAAAGCAAGUUUGUCUAGAAAGACUACUAUGAACAGUAUUCCGAGUACUAAAGGCAUGGUGGAAUUCAUUGGAGUGUUGAAGAUCACAGUGGUAAAAGGCACAAAUCUUGCUGUUCGUGACAUGCUAUCAAGUGAUCCUUAUGUUGUUCUUACCUUAGGACAGCAGAAGGCGCAAACAACUGUAAGGAAUAGCAACUUGAAUCCAGUUUGGAAUGAAGAGCUUAUGCUUUCUGUUCCUCAGAAUUACAAGCCUGUUAAAGUUCAAGUUUUUGAUCACGACACAUUCUCGGCUGAUGACAUAAUGGGAGAAGCGGAAAUUGAUAUCCAACCGUUGAUAACAUCUGCAAUGGCGUUUGGGGAUGCGGGGAUAUUAGAAGAUAUGCAGAUAGGAAAAUGGCUGAAAUCGGAGGAUAAUGCAUUGUUAGAAGAUAGCAUUGUGAACAUCAUUGAUGGGAAGGUGAUACAAGAGGUCACACUUAAACUCCAAAACGUUGAAUCUGGUGAAAUAGACCUGCGAAUUGAGUGGAUGCCACUUGAUCAGUAACAGUGUUUAAUAUUUUACUCUUAUUAAUUCAAUGAGUAAUAAAAUUCUUUGAUUGUAAUUAAUGAUAUGACCACCAUGUAUUGUAUUUAAACUUUUGAAUUUGUAUUUAAACCAACUACUGCAUCA